AUGUACAUCCGUAUGCAAACGGGAAUACACGGUGUUAGCUAUACAAAGUCAUACUUUAACACUGCCGCCGACCGUCUCUCAGCCCUCCCAAACGACGUGCUCGCGCGCAUCCUGUCUUUCGCGCCAACGCACGAGGCCGCGGCCACUGCCCUCCUCUCACGCCGGUGGCGAUCCGUGUGGCACCGGACCAGCUUCCUCAACCUCGACACCAGGCCCUACUGUACUCGGAGGCUUGAGCCUUUCUUCGAAGACGCCCACGACAUCCUCGCAUCGCUCCGUCGGCCGCGCCGCGGCUCCCGCCGGCGCCGCCAUGGUGCGGGCCUCAAGACACUCAAGCUCUUCCUGGAGGAAGGAGCCUACUACAUCAGCAAGAGCUGGCGCAGGGAGGGGGACGAUGCCGAACCGGACCACAGGGUCGCCGAACUCCUGGCCGACCCUGCUGUGGCGCGGCUGGAAGAGCUCAGCAUCGGCUGCGCGAAGGGCCACACAAGCGACGACCGUUACUUCCCGCCACUGGCAUCCCUGCCGUGCGCCGUCACGCUCCGGGUGCUGGAGCUCACGAACUGCAACCUCGAGCCGCCGUCGACGGCGCCGUCCUCGGGCCUGGCUUUCCCGUGCCUGACAGAUCUGACGCUGCGUAACUGCUUUUUCUUGGAGGGGUAUCUCCAAGACGUGGUCGACGCCACGCCGGCACUCACCAGCCUGGCUCUGGCGAACGUCAGACAGAAGGCGGCUGGUUCUGGCGAGAGAUUGUACGACUGGGACUACUUCAUGCUGCCACUUCGCCUCCGAUGCCCGACGGUCACCGCCUUGGUGCUCGUGACCUUUGUCGACGAGAAGCAGUUCAAGGCAUCCGCCGCUGGCUGCAGCGGCAUCGAGCUCGACAUGCCGAGCCUCCGCUUCUUCCGGUUCCAGGGAUACCCCGUCAAGCUCUCGCUCACAUCGCCGGCACCGGGGCUCGCCACGAGGGCCCUCAAGGUGCGCCUCCAGAGCAUCGAAGACAUCGUCGCCGACGACGAAGAUAAGGACGGCGGGGUCAUCCUGCCAACGUUCCCAAACCUCAAGCUCCUCGAACUAGACGGAGAGUACUGGCUGCACAAGAACAGCAAGACAGUGGUAGCAACGGCGAGGCUUCUCCGCUCCUGCCCGGUUCCGGCUCAGACGAGCCUCCGGAAGGUGACGCUGCGCUUCAAGUUCCUCCGGAAGGUCAACUGCUUCCCGACGCAGCUCGCCAAGUUCCUCGCGGAGAACGCGUUGGUGCUCGAGGAGAUGCACGUCGACGACGGCAGCCAGUUCUGGCCGGACCACCUCUGCCACAAGGUUGGGAUGUGGAGAGCCGAGUCGUUCCGGAGGAAGAACCUGCCGGCCACGGCCGCCGGCUUUCGGGUGUGCCAGCUGCCGAUGGAUAAACCCGCGAAAGAUCCUGAUGAAGAAUCGUGUUACGGUUACGGUUACGAGUACGAUUAG